UGGAAAAAUUACUAAAAUUGAAGUAAAAUAAAAAUCAACAAGUAUGUCACAGAAGCGCAAGGAACUGAAAAAGUGCAUGAAACGUCUGGAUGGGCUGCAUAAAGAGCUGCAAAGGCGCAGGACAUGCAAGAGACUAAACAAUUAUAUGGAACAGCUGAAGGAAUUGCAGCGUGAGCUGGACAAGCGUCAGCCGCAGAAAUUUGGACAUCCCGUCUGCGAAUCACAGAUGAUACCACAUCCGAUAAAGCUACACGAAUACACCAUCAGUUUCUGUCAACUGGAUAACUGCGGACGGGAAUUGUUGGAGGAUGCGUUGAAUGCCCGAUGCAACGCCUAUGCGCCAUAUAGCAAUUGCAAGGUUGGUGCCGCAUUUCGCUCAAAAAAUGGCCGGGUCUUUACGGGCUGCAACGUUGAGAGUGUCGCCUUCACGGCCGGCUGUUGUGCCGAGCGCACAGCCCUUGUCAAGGGCGUCAGCGAAGGCUGUCGGGUAUUCAAUGCGGGUGCUGUGGUUGCCUAUCAUCCGUCUGGAUAUGCGACCCCAUGCGGCGUCUGCCGGCAGUUCAUACACGAGUUCGCUAAAAUGGAUAUACCCAUCUAUAUAGCACGGGCGCCCGAGAUCAGUGAACAGCUGCCCGCAUUUGAAGACGAUGCCGAAGUGCUUGUCACAUCCAUCUAUCAUUUGUUGCCGCACUCCUUUUUGGUAUAUUAGAAGAAAAGAACUUUCGUAUAUGUUUCGCAAAUAAAAUUCUAUAUAUUCAUUUAAA